GGAAUCCGCGUCGCUGCGGCCUCGGAUGAAGACGCUGUCGCUGAGCCAUGAAUCGCCUCCAUCUGAUGACUUCACAGCCACCUGACGACGGGCUUGAAUAAGCAGCCCCUGAGAACAUCAGUCCGCGGGGGGAUUUCACCGUUGCCCAAAGUGUGUGUGUGUGUGUGUGUGUGUAUCUGGCCAAGUAGUGUAGUUUGCCGCCCAAAUUGGCUUGAUUUUCCGGAGUCCCAGGCUACUGCCAGGCCUGUUUAGCUCUGGCAUAGAGCCGCCGCAGAUCCUCCCCCGAAGGCUGUAACCUUGGAUGAAGGCCUGGCGUUGUGAAGCCCGUCGGCUCCCCGGCUCUUCCUCACCCGGCUCUUCCUCAUCCCGAUCUUCGCUCGCGUCGGCCCGCCGGUGGGGUUCGUCGGACGUGUGAAUGACGCUAACCGGGUCUUCGGGUCCAUUCUGGAAAGCCGUCUAGUUGCGAGAGUCCUCGCUCAAGGGGGCGCUGGGGAGGCCCCCCGCCAUGGAGGCGCUCGAGCAGCUCGACACGGCGGGCGACAUCAGCCCGGCCCUCGAGGCCACCGAGGACUUCAUCCACUGCAUGGACGGGGUCCGAGGCCAGGGGCCGAGCCGCGCUCCGCCGGGGGCCCUCCGGCCCAAGCAGCCGCGGGAGGUUUCCAGCGCCGCGCUGGGGAAGCUGAGCUCCAGCGGCGUGUGGGGCCUGCUGGCCCGGGAGCAGCCGGAGGUGGGGCCCCUGGGCCUGGCCUGGGCCGACAACUUCAGCGUCUUGGGGCUGGGGACGGGCUCGAGGCCCGGCAAGAGGAGCCGAGCGCGCUCCACCAACGACCUGGCGGCCCACACCAAGGAGUGCACCGCCAUCAACGCCGCCAACUCCUCGUCCAAAUCGGCCUUCAAGAAGGGACACAACCGGUCCAGGUCGGACGUCAACUACCGGCCGUCGGCCUACACGGACAACGGGCUGCCCGCGGUGGACUGCAACACCCUGAAGAACAUGAUCCUCAACCAGCGGCCAGAGGAUAAAAGCAGCAGCAGCAGCAGCGUGGUGAAGCAGGGCGCCAUGGAGCAGCGCGAGGGGCCCCGCGGCCGCUGGACGGCGUGCCACGCGGAGCUGACGCCCUGCGAGCUCCGGCUGUACACGCUGGACGGCAGCGCCAACCGCCAGCUGGCCACCGCCUUCUCGCUGUCGCACUGCCAGAGCGUGGUGGCGCCGGCGCCGUGCGGCCCGCACGGCCAGGUCGCCCCGCCCGCCGACCAGCGCACGCUGCAGGCGCUGUUCUUCAACAGCACGCGCCUGCAGCUGAGGGCGGCCAGCCAAUGGGAGGCGGCGGAGUGGCGGCGGCUGAUGUGCGAGAAGGUGCAGGCCGCCCGGCCCGCGAGGCGGGACAACCACCAGCGGAAGGCCGGCGGCGGGGAGAAGCAGCAGCAGGUCGUCGGUUUCCCCGCGUUGCCGUGCUCGACCGACGACGCCCCGACGACGGCGUCCUCGGCGGCGUCGCUGCCCCCCCCGCCCGACUCCGGCGUCCCGAGCAGACCCACCACCCUGCCGCUGUUCACCCAGCGCUGCCAGGACGUGGUGAAAGCCGGCCCCCUCCACCAGCUGACGGAGCGGAACAACCCGCGGGCCCUCACCUUCGUCCUGACCAAGUCGGCCCUGCGGGCGUUCCCCAUCGACGGCCGCGGGUCCGUGUCCCAGCCCGUGCUGCAGUACUCCCUGGCCUCCUGCGUGGCCGUGCGGCACGCCCGGGACGCCGAGGGCGGGGAGCCGAGUUCGGACGGAGACGACUGCUUCCAGGUGGUUUUCCCCAGAGAGGCGCUCCGGCUGCGGGCGGACAGUCGGCUCAAGGCCCAGGAGUGGGCGUCGGCCCUGCGGGAGGCGGUCGGGGCGCAGAGGCCGGCCAAGGGGGAGGCGGGAGCGUCGGGAGGAGGAGGCGCGGCCCCCCAGAGCGUGCUGCUGAGGGCCAAACCGGCCAGGGAGAGGAGGCAGCGGGAGGCCCAGAGGGCCAAGAGGCAGUCGGUCACCACGAGUUUCCUCAGCAUUCUCACCUGUCUGGCUGUGGAGAAGGGACUGACGGCGCAGAGCUUCAGGUGUGCAGGUUGUCAGCGUCCGGUCGGCCUCUCCAGAGGAAAGGCAAAGUUCUGCUCCUACAGCGGCUGGUACUACUGCCAGAGCUGCCACCAGGACAACUCCUUCCUCAUCCCAGCACGGCUGCUGCACAACUGGGACACCAGUAAGCACAAGGUGUCCAAACAGGCCAAGGAGUUCCUGGAGUUCGUGUACGAGGAGCCUCUGCUGGACGUCCAGCAGCUCAACCCGUGUCUGUACGAGCACUGCGAGCCCCUCAGCACCGUGCUGCGCCUCCGUCAGCAGCUCCAGUCGCUGAGGGCCUACCUGUUCAGCUGCCGGGCAACCGUCGCCGAGGACCUCCGACGAAGGAUCAUCCCCAGGGAAUACCUGCUACAGCACAUCCACCUGUACUCCAUGGCAGACCUGCAGCAGGUGAUCGAUGGGAAGAUGGCUCCCUUCCUGUCCAAGGUGAUCAAGUUUGCCAGCUCGCACGUUUUCAGCUGCAGUUUGUGUCGAGAGAAAGGAUUCAUCUGUGAGCUGUGCCACAACAGACAGGUCCUCUACCCCUUCCAGGAGAACGCCACCAAGAGGUGCGCCGGCUGCGGCGCCGUCUUCCACACCGAGUGCCGCCAGAAGGCCCAGCCGUGCCCGCGCUGCGUCCGCCGAGAGCUGCACCACAUGAGGCCGUCCUCCUUCUGGUCACCUGACGACAACGACGGCCCCGGCUGCUUCCACCUGCCCUACCAGGACACCUGAGACACACACACACACACACGUGUUACAGACUCAACUUCCUCGUAUUUUGUACUACCCAGCGUCGCCCGUCGAGGUCCGCCAUCGUCCUCCUUUCACCACUUUCACUUAAUCCCAAAAUCUCAGCUGAUAAACUGGAGACCUUCAAACUAAGAGUCGGCGGUCAGAAGUUCAGUGAGGGAACCAUCGGGACGGAAGAUGAUUAACAAGUUUAGCAACUGAUUAAUAAUUUGUCAAGUCGGGAAAACAUUCUCUGGUUCCAGCCUCUCAAAAUGAAGAUUGACUGUUUUCCCUCUUUUGGGAACAUGUGAUCUUUUUCUUUGUUGUUGUCUUCGUUUACAGAUGAAAUGACUGAAAUUGAGUAUUUGAGAAUGAAAGUGUCCCACUGGAGUCUUGAGCAGGGGAACCAGGUUCCCUCUCUUCAGAGGAAAGCAGUCGUGGUCCAUGUUGCUCGGAAAGGACACAUGAAAGUGGAGGUCACACUUCUUCCAUGUGUGUCUUGGAACAGAAGUCAAUGGGACAGGUGUUUCUAUAUGAAAAUAAUAACGAUUCCUCUUCAUAGAAGCAAUUAAAAAGAUCCCUCUGUAUAUAUGUAUAUUAUAUUUAUCUAUAUAUUAUAUGUAUAUAUUAUAAUACAAUAUAUAUAAUGUAUACAUAUAAUAUAUAUAUUUAAUAAAUAUAUCCACUAUAUAUAUUAUGUAUAUAAAUGAUAUAUAAUAAAUACAUAUAUUAUAUAUAUAUAUAGAUGAUCUUUUUAAAGGCCAGUAUGAACCGGAGGAAUAAUUACGGCAGGCAACAGCUGCCCAUCAGGGUUUGUGAGGAUUCCUUAAAGACUCAAUGUGCACGUUUCCUUUAAUCAGUUUCCAGAGCAUCAAUCGAAGCUUCUCAGACCAACAUGCAGCAUAACCCAUUACUCCCUUCGUCAUGGUUACUCUAAUAUGGUUCAGCACACGUCUCUGAAAGCCUGUGCAGGUACCAAACACAAGAGUGUCUCAAGUGGACUCCCAAAGAGGAUUCACAGACUCGGGAGAAGAGAUGACAAAUAGUUUUACAUCGUGACAUUUUCUUCGUCUUCAGUCACAAUAAACUGAAAGAAAGAAAAAGUAUUUUUUACAGACCAAGAGAUUUAACAAGGAAAAGUAUCGAAAACGAAACAAGAGUUAAUUAAAGCCACGGUAAAGUUGUUUACAAUAACUUUAGGAUCAACAGCAGGAAGUGGGUUAUGCUGCAGGCACGUUUCAGAAGUUUCAGAAGUUUCUCGCCAACGAACUCUGUUGUCACUGAACACAUUGAUGACAACGAUGACACAUUAAGAGUAGAAGUUAUACAUAACAGCUGUGAUGGAAGUAUCUUAUAUCAGAUCUCUAGAGUUAUUUAACGUGGAAUGGAAGAUGAUCUUUGAGCCGCUCAUGGAAACGGACGUCACACAUUCUCAUGACCUGGGGCAAUAACCCCCCCCCCCCCACUCUCUCUUCCCCCGAUUCUACUUCCUGUUGUGCAGAAUCGGUGCUUGAGCUUCUCGUCUCUAUGCAACCCAGACGGCCUUUCUGACUCCCGUUGUCAGGCAAACCUUAAACCACCGGUCUGGUCUGAAGCUAAUGAAUCAGCUAACUGAUGCCCAAAAAUAAAAUGACAAAUAUUUAGUUUUUGCCUUGGUUUUUUAAAUUUUUUUUAUUUACGGUUUUGGGGUGGAUUUCCCAAAACGAAUGACGUGGUUAGGUCAACAAAAGUUUUUGAAAUCAGUAAAGUGAGUUUUUGUUAAUUUUAUUUUUUACAAAUACAAACCGCGUCGCUUCAAUCGUAAAUGAAACUCCCAGCACGAGUCUAACAACCCGUAACCCGUAACAACCUGAUGUUUAUUCCUCAUUCUCAGAGCCGACGGGCAGAUUUUAUUUACGCGUUUGUUGUUUUUGUCGCCCGUCUUUCUUUAUUUCGUUGUUUUGAGCUAUAAAACGCGAUCGCUGUCGGAGGGGAUUCACGUGUGAGUGACCCGCAGGGUUACGCGGGAAUAGUUAUUUUUUUAGAUCAAACUGACUUAUUCCUGUUUGUGACGCAUGUUGGAUACUGUAAGCUAAACAAUAGUCUAGUUUAAAACAUGGCAGGAAAAGUGCAUUAAGUGUCCGGUAAUUACUGGAUUUAUUGUGUUUUUAUUUGUCUCUGAAGGUCAAGCAGUCAAGCCGUAUUACAAAUGUAACGGAAGUUAUUUUUGACUGAUUUUUGACUGCUGCUUAAAAAGAGUUGAAGAAAAGUUUUUAAAGCCUUUUGUUGAAAUGUCUCUUGUUUUAAAAAUCAUGUUCCUUUACGUCUCCGGAGCCCGGCACGUUUCAGGGAGGGUCGGUUGUAGUUUUUUGUUAUUUUUGCCAACAUUACAAACCGGUAGAUGGUCCAAUAUGUUGAAGUUAAAGUAUGAAUCUAGGUAUGUUCAUUUUGACCUCCACAUUGACAAUUUUAGAUAAACAAUGUAAUUAAACAUACAUAGAUUACGUUACAUACAUUAAACAUAUUGUUUGAAAUAUAUUUUUCUGAAUGGAAUUAGCCAGUUGGAGUUUAUAAGAUGUAGAUCUAGACAUCAGAUGAGACAUUGUGAGGUUAAUUUGUCAGUAAAUGUUUGGUUUAUACGGGACAUCAAACUGAAGAAAAUAUCAUGUAGAACUAUAUCUAAAUAUAGUAGAAAAAAUACAUAAUAUUAAUGCAUAUUCAAGAGUGAGCGUGAUUACAUUUAUCACUCACAUUCAUGCAGAACAAUUACCCGAAAUACCGUCUGGGCUCUGUCGUCUCACUUUAAAUACUUGUAUUUAUUUAUGAUUUAUUUGCUUGUUUUUUUGCUUCCUAAAAUAUUGCCAUUUCCUCUCCGCCCGGUGAUUUGGAAUCACAAAUAUGAAAAAUGUUGGACGACCGGUUACCGUGAGCUGUGGCCACGUGUUGCCACGGUAACGAAGAUGUUUAUGUUUUACUUGACGUGUCAGGAGAAGAUUGUACAGUAUUUAAGGGGAACAACUGCACUGAAACUCUUCUCUCUUUUGCACUUUUUAAGUUAUUGCUCUGUUUGUUGUUUUGUUUAUCGUUUUGAAUUCAGCCAAACUUCUUAUGCAAAUACAGGGAGUUGAUUUCCUGAUUUAAUCCUCCCGUCUGGUUCUGUUCAAAUGUGUCCGCUAGCCACUGAUGCCAAUAAAGACAAACUUCUUAAUAGUAAAACGGCGUGUGAAUAUUUUGUGGAGA